GCAGAAAAGUAUAAUGCUUCUCGUAAACAUUUAUUUUCUUUCUAUUUUUUCUAUUUUUAUUUUUUUUCCUCAGGUGACAGCCUCUGUUUACGUCGGGAUUAUCGUUCCUCCCUGGCGUCGAUUUUGACAGAAUUGCAUUCCUUGCAGCUGAACCUUCUGCACUUUUUAAAUCUCUCUCUGUUUUAUCUCUCUCCCUCCGACACGCAAUUGUACACUUGACCGAGCCGGGGCGCUCGGCUCGCGUUGCACCACUUGCACCGACAAAUAAUAAUCCGCCCCACAGAGUGCAGCUCGGCGCGCGUUUCGCUACGUGUUUUUCUGCCUCUCCGCUCUCUCGCCUCUCUCGUUAAUUUUUUUUUUUUUUGCGAUAGGGAGUCAAGUAACAGUCCCUCCGACUCGCUUAAAUGUGAUCGCGAGAAGGAAAGUUCCUCCGCCGUUCUCCGCCGUGUCACUUGGUCGCGAGCAAUCGGGCUGCGCUCGACGUUACUCGACAUGGUGAGCGAGACGUUUGCACUUAGGAUGUGUCGGAUGGUAUAGACAAAUCAUGGGAUCAUCCAUGGACCACCGAGGAGAUGCGGAAGAAGAGGAGGGAGUGGAGUCUGGCGGGUGAUGUCGGGCUUCUUAAACAUCUUCAGCAAUUUUCCGAAAAUCUAGUGUCCAAGGCCAACAAGACUCAGGCUGCUCUGGACACGCUGACGACGCAGUUAAAAGAAACGGGGAUACUAGUGGACAAUGUUACCAAUACAUCCCUGGCACUGGCAAAUACUCAGUUUAUCGAGAGUCGCGUGCAGGAGGACGACAUAGAGACUAAGGAGAAUUCUGAGGAGAAGCAGGAAAGUGCAAAGGCUCAGAAUUCGACGCCGGAGAAUCUCUUGGCCAGCAUAAGCGAGAGCGUCAAGCAAGGUUUAAACAUAAUGGAUGAAAAGUACAAAGUAAUGGAUGUCGCUUGCAGCGACAGCGAAGAGGAGGACGACGAGGGUGGCGCGGUGGUAUUCAGUGUUAUUGUGGGACCCAAUGAUCCAUAUCAAGAUCGGCCCUUGCCGUACGUUAUCGGCUCCGAUAAGUGGAUAGCGUCGAAUAAGAUAGGUCUGGAGAGCAGCAGCAGCGAGUCCGAGCAAGCCGACGAGGAGCGGGAGGAGUCGGAGAGCGAGAAGGAGGACGCGGAUGCGCGGAAGGUGUUCAACAGUCGGCACAAUCCGGAGAUCAAUAUCGCGAGGCUGUCGUCGUCCUCCAGCGACUCGGACAACUACAACGACCACAGCAAUAACAUAUCUUACGGGAAUAACAAGGCGGAUGCGGUAUCUCAGAACAAUAUAAAUUCCGCCUCGGAGUCCGCCACACCUAAUACUGUAUCGAAGACAUCGAAUGAAACGGCGCCCAAUUUUGCGGAGGAGUUAGCCAAGCGACUGGGCACGGUUCGCCAAGCGCAGAAGCCUACCGCCGUGGAUGAAAGCAGCGAAUCGUCGAUCAAUCGAUUUAAAGAUGAUCUGUUUGCGUCCGAGAAGGAUGAGGAUGUGUUCAACGGUUCUGACAAUCUGUUUAGCGAUAAGAAGAGUCUCUUCGACGAUCAGGUGUCCGCCAAUCUGUGGAAGGAGAGGCCGAUCAAAUCUUAUAAGAACAGUAAUAUUAUGCCAGCCAGUAUCGACGUGCCACCGCCGAUUAGCAUAGUUUCGACAAAGCCAAAGUCAGCGAUCGACGAUUUAUUUGCCGAUGCCGAUUCGGAGGAAGACUCGGAUGACAUUUUCUCGUCUUCGAAGAAUGUCAAGAAACGCACGAAGGAACCUGCGAGCGAUAAUCCCGUGGAGGACGUACCGCAAAAAUUCUUGGACGUUAUAGCCACCGGUAACAUGGCCACGAGCACACCGGAAACCAACGUCAAGGCCACGAGCCUGUUUAGCGACGACGAGAACGACGAUGCAGAUCUGUUCGGCAACUCCAAGAAGCAGCCUCACAAACCUACGAGUGAGUCAUCGUCUACGAAUACGUCUCAGGAACCAAGUAAAAAGAAACCCGUCGGAGGCGAGUGGAUACUCGGCAACGUUUUGGCGUCGGACAUCGAGAGCAAACUGUCGAGUCGGAUAAUGCAACGACGACAAGAGUCGUCGGAAUCUUCCGAUAGCGACGCGCCAGGAAAUUCUGAUAGCGCGACUAGAAGCAACAUUGAGUCCACGACGUCCAUGGCCACGAAUCGCAGUUCACAGAAUCCACCGGAGAAUAUAUCCACGAGCGCCGGGAGCAUCACUACCAGCAGCGGGAUAUCGCUGCAACCGGCCAGCAUCGAUAACACAGCUGGAUCCAAUUUGUGGGUGAACUUCCAGCCGGGGAUGUGCUCGACGAGGCUCAAGUCCGAGGAAAUCUAUCGCGAGCGUGUUACCAGUGACAGUCUCUUCGCGGCACAAACUCGCCAUCCUGCUAACGCCAACAGCGACAAUCAGCAGCAGCAGCAGCAGCAAUCGGGACAGGAUAUCUCGUCGGCGUUGCUACAGGACGACGUGUUCGAGAACGACGAUCUGUUCGGACCGCCGCCGUUACCUAGCAAAUCGGACUCGAAGCGAGCGACCAAGUCGAAGGUCUCGUCGCUCUUCGACGACUCCGAUUCCGGCGACGAGCUCUUCUCUGCCGCGAGCUCCGGCUCCAGAUCGCAGAAAAGCACGGAUUACCACGCGACGACGGUGUCGUCGUCGAGCGACCGGACGAAGCCAGCCCCGAAGAGUGGCGGCCUGUUUGACGACGACGUGGACAUAUUCGGCGGCAAAGACGCUCCGGACGUCGAUAUAUUUGGAGUGGCAUCGAAACCGGCUUCGAGGGACGCGGCCCCGAAUAGCCUGGGCUCGAUAGCGCCGAAGAGCAGCAGUAACGAUAAUUCGCAAAACACGAGGAUGGAACCAAAGAAGAUCAGCCUGUUCGACGAUGACGACGACGAUGGCGACCUGUUCGGCGCGACGAAGCCGACGAAGUUGAAGAACGACCGUAAGACUAAUCUUUUCGAGGAUGACGAUGGUCUAUUUCUAUCGGCCAAGGCUACCUCGAUAGAGAAAGAUGCAGCAGCUGAACCAAAGAUCGACGUCCCCAAGAACGUCUCUAGUCUCGAAACCGAAAACAAGAGCAGAAACGAUCCUCCGGAUUAUUUGGACGGACUGUUUUCGAAAACCACGAAACCCCUUCUGUUCGAGGACGACGAUUACGACGAUCUUUUCGGCAAGAAGGACACGGCGCCGCGCAAAGACGAUCGACCGAAAUCCAAAGAAGAGGCCAGAAAGAACGUUGUCGAGCAGGCGCAGAAACUCCCCGAGGAAAAUAAAAGCCCGGUGAAGUCGUCAAGUUCAAAUCGUGACAACGUCGAGGCGACCGUAGAGUCGAGCGCAAGGGGCGACGUGCACGAGGAGAAGAGAGCGGCCGAAAUCAAGGAAACGUCCUCCAACGUCGAGGAGGACGGCACGGCGAAGAAGAAUUCUCCACCGAGAACCCUGAGCAUCCGGACGAUCUCGCCGCCGUCCGAGGAGCACGGCAAUCAAGUACCCCGACGUUCGGUGUCCGGCAAGAUAAAGAACCUAAUGGGGAAGAUGGGUGACUUUAAGAUACUCUCGCCGAUGGACGCGCCGCCGUUGUGGAGGAAGAGCGAGGAUAAGACGGACGAGGACGAGGACGUCGUGGACCAGGACAGCGGAGAUCUGGGCGUCAGUGGUCACGUUUCACCUCCGAGCGUAUCAGAAGGUAGCGCGAAGAAGGAAUCCUCUUACUCGACAAUUUCCACCGCUAGCAACGCGGAAGUAGCCAUAAAUUUCGAUGAUCUGGCUCAAGUAGAAACGUUAUCCACUACCGCAUCCAAGAGUCGAGUGAGAAUUCAAGCGAAACGCCGUCCUCAGAGCCGACACGCCCGGAAAUCCGCGCUGCGACACAGCGGCAUCGACUUCGACACGGUCGACAACGCGGACAACGAUAAUUCUCAGGAGGAGAGUCACACUAGCACCUGCUCGUCCAGCAAGGACCCAUCUGCCGCUCCGACGAUCAGCGUCUCCGAUCGUUUGACCGCCAACGACAGUGUCCAACGCGCGGCGGUCGAUCCUUCAUCCACGGACGACAGGUCCGAGCUGGGUAGCAUCAGCAAGGAGAGCUCGAUGAGCGUGAACAAGAACACCCUGUUGUCGCCGUCCACCGACGAGGAGGACUUGUUCGACGUGCCACCGGAUUUGCCGGAAGACCCGCAGAAGGAGGACGCUUUGUUCGGCAGGGCGCCGAUACUCUCGCCGAUCGACGGCGGGCAAUCUGACAGAACGCCCGUUGCUGUCGAAAAUACUUUAAUAAAUACCGCGAUCAGAAAGAUCGAUGACAUUGAUACCGAUGUGAACGCGACGACGAAAAACGAAAAUGAUAAACAAAAUUCCAGCGAAUUGGCGCGCUCGGACGUCGGUAUCAAGUCGGACACGUCGAAGAGUACCAAGAAGAAGGAUGACAAGCAGAAGGAAGUGGUCGAUGAUGAGUCGCGAAGUGAGGCGAGAAGAGCGUCCAGCGAGGAGCCGAGCGAUCCUCUGCGCGACAGCACCCACGAUCCGCUGAAGGAUCCUAGUCAGUUGUUCGCGUUUGUCACGAAGACGCCAUCGCCGGAGAAAAACAAAGGACUGCUGUUUUCCGAGCCGGACGACAGCCUCUUCUCCAGCGGCUCGACGAAGAAGCCGAAUGAGCCGAAGAAGGAGACCUUGGAUCUGUUCGCGGACGAUGAGAUGGGCGGCGAUCUAUUUUCCGCGGCGCCGUUGAAGAAGACGGUGAAGAAGCCGCUGCGGGACACGAAGAUCGGGCUGUUUGGCGACGACGACGACGCGCAGAACGGCGAGGACGACAGUCUCUUCGGCAGCGCGUUGUCCAGCAAAGCGAAGCAGCUCGACAGCCAAGCGUCAAAUUCUGUUUCAGUCGGGCGAAAAAAGAACAAUCUUUUCGACGACGAGGACGACGACGAUUCCAGUCUCUUCGUUGAGUCGUCCGGCCAUUCGCAGAAAUCGGACAGCGCGUCGUUCUCGGAGCCUAAGCACGACAACGCCCAAGUCGACUCUCAAGCCAAGAGCUCGAAUCUGAAGGAUAUAUUCGGCAACGCGCCGUGCGACGACUACGUCGAUCUUUUUGCCACGAAGAAAGUUGUUCCUAAGAAAGUCGCCGUGCCGUCCAAGUCCCUGUUCGCGUCAGACGACGACGACGACGACGACGACGACGGCCAUAUCUUCGGCAAGCAGCCAGUCUCCGCGUCGGCGGAAUCGAAGGCGAGAACGACGGCGACGGCGAUCGCGCCGAGUUCAAGAACGGCCGUGAAGAAACCGGUCACCAGGGACCUGAAGAAAACGGCCGAGAAAAUCGUCGAGGAUCCGCUGAGCCUCCUUCAAGACGACUAACUCAGUUCCCUUAAAAUAAGUAUCCGUGAGAUUUUUUAUUAGCCACACAACGCUUAGCCACAAAAGUCCGAUGAGAAGUUCGCCUUUUGUUUUGCCAUUUCUUCAAAGAAUCGUUUGCCACAAUUGUACGUAUGAAUAUGUGUGUGUGUGUGUGCGCGCGCGCGUGAGAUUAAAAUUAAUUUAUUUAACAUGCUAAAAUUAUUUAAUUUUUUUCAGCGCAUAAUAUUCAAUUUUCGUAUCAAACAAUCAUGCGUAAUACUAAAUAAUUUGCAUUAAAACUGUCUUUUUUUAUAUUUAUGUUUUAAUUUGUAUUAAUUUUACAGAAGGAUAAUACGUGAUGCUAUAAAAUGUGUGCAUGUACGGAAUGUUUCAACGAAUCGAAUAGACUUUUGUGGCUUACGCGUAUAUAUAGAAUAUAUAUAUAUA